AUUUGAUAAGCAAUUUUUAUUUAAUUUUCCGCUGAUGGUGGUUUGAGUGAGUGCUUAGUGAACUACGAAAAGUGCAACGUUCGUGUCGGUCCGUUUGGACGUCCUGCUGUUGUUGCUCGUUAUCAUCUAGCAGCAGCUCCGUUUACACUCAUAUUAAUCCGUCGGUUUGUGGGUUCUGCAGAGUUGAGAAAGUAAAGAAAAGAGGCAAAUACCUAUGCGUAUACGCAUCGGUGACUUGUAAGGUUUCCAUUUGCAACCGGAACCAUGGAUGAGAUUGACAAUAUCAUUCUUCACUCGUUGCGGCAAAUUGAAUGCAAUCUCGAUGAAGAAGUCACGAGCUUGGAAGACAUCAGCCCGUCGCUGUUGGUUCAAAUUGUAUCGAAAUGUAUUACGCUGAUCGACCCCAGUCUGGAUCUCCCUCGAUCGUUACCGCCCGGAAUGGCGCAGAGGUUCACCGUCACUGCUAGCCUCGCGGAAGCAUGUCGGACGAUAGGCUACCGGCGAGACAUUGGCUACCAGACGUUUCUGUACUCGAAUGUGGCGGAAGUUCGUCGGGUGUUGAUGUUUUUGGUUGAAAAGCUUCCGAAGGAUUCGGCCGAUAAAGCUGCGGGUAGUGGACAACCGCUGGACAGUGCCACUGAGUUGGAGAAUCGAAUUUUGAGUACCUUGCAGAGCCAACUGCACGCACCCUGGAUGCCAGAGUUCUGCCGAAUGGGAUUACUGGAAGGUAAUCGGGAUGGUGGAGUCAGCGAUUCGCAAGCACAAAUAGCAUUCCGUCGGUUCGUUCCCAAGAAGAUUAGCGUUCCAUUCAUUACCCAGGCCGAUGUCGCUGCAGAAGUCAAAGAGUUUUGGUCCCGUAGAAAUUUGGACGGCCUCGAUGAGGGUAGUUUGAUUCCGUCGUUGAUAGUUGCCAACGAUGGAGGAAUGAAAUCGAACGCGACCGGCGGUGCCAUUGAUGAGGUAGAUCGCCAGUUUAGGCUACCUUCGUCGAAUGAAAAGUUACUAGAGUACUUUUCAAAUAGUGUGUCAAAUCAGCGGAAGGUUGAACCUAGUGGUGCAUUGGGUGCGGUGGUUCAGAAAGUGAUUUUGGAGCAGGUUUCGGUUGAGUCGAAACCGGGCAAGACCCCGUUAGAGUCGCUCCAGGACGAUAUAGAUGCACUGCGGGAGGAGAUCGAGCAGAACGUUGAGGAAAAUGCGGCUGUGCACGGUAGUCGAACUGAGCUGGGAGAGUCGAUGGAGGUCUAUCGGAGAGCAAUUGUUAAAUUGAAAGAGGAGAAGAAGAUCAAGGAACGAACGCAUAUUUUGCUCGAAGAUCCGGAGGUGAACGUGAAGAAGCUGGAGGCGAUCAUUGCUGCCGGGGGAGAACGGAUGAAGAAGCUGCAGGAUCAGUGGGAUGCCCAUCGGACUCCGCUCGUUGAGACACUGGAAGCGCAUCGCGUGAAGAAUUCCGAUAAAUUGUCCAAAUCCCAGCAAGUUCUAGACCAAAUCGAAUCUACCCGACAAAAGUGCGAGGAAGUGGUCGUCGAUUUGCAAACCAAGGGUGCCAUGCAUGUCCGUCUACAGAAGGAAUUCGAGAAGCUGAACAAAACUAUCAGCCGGACGGCCUACACCAGUCGGAUUCUGGAGAUCAUUGGUAACAUUCGCAAGCAGAAGAAUGGCAUCGACAAAAUCCUGCAGGACACGCGCACACUACAGAAAGAGCUAAACACCAUCACCGGCCAGCUGGACCGACAAUUUACCGUGACGGAUGAUUUGAUAUUCCGCAAUGCCAAGAAGGACGAACACUCUAAGCGGGCCUAUAAGCUGCUUGUUACGCUCCAUUCGGACUGCGAGGAGCUCAUCAAGCUGGUGCAGGACACCGGUGCCAUCAAGCGUGAGUUGCGCGAUCUAGAGGAUCAGAUCGAAAGCGAGAAAACCCGGAACACAGCUGCCAAUCUCGGACAGAUUACGCACGACCUGACCGAGAUGCAGAGCGAAAGUCAACGGCUUGAGGAGAGCAUACGCCGGUUGAUGGUUGACGGAACAUUAGGGCAAGCGAGUAAGUUUGUUUAAAUUUGUAAAACUGAUCAUUUUUUUUAAUUAUCCACACGCAAGACUAACGGAAUAUUUUAGGAACGAAUGUUAAGAGUUAAGGAAGGCAAAGAAAGAUGUAGCAUCAGCUUCUGUCCACACAAAAUUGAUUAAGACGAUACUCAAAAGAGAAGAGAACACACUAAAGUGCCCAUGGAAAGCUUUAUUCAA